AUAUUAUUUUGACAGUUCUUUGCCUCACAAAUUCUUCAAUCUUCAAACCCAAGCUUCUGUUUACAAAAAAAUAUAAAAUUUACUCCGCGUAUAAAUUUUAUCGGAAGUUUAGUUAUUAAAAAUUAACUAUUUCUAGUUCUGAUUCCAGGUAGAGAUAUCAAAAAAGAAAUUCUUCUUGCAGAAGAAACUUCAGGCAAUAAAACGCAUCGACAUGAAUGUUAAUGUGUGCGAUGUACCGAAUAAUAACCCAGCUACGUAUUGCCGAUUAUGUUUUUCGCAAAAUAAAGUAGUGCCGAUAUUCCCCCUGGGCAGUAAUCAUAAUCAGAAAUUAAUCAAUCAGGUGUAUCAGUGGACCGGCGUUCAGAUAAAUUAUCAGGAGGAUUUUACCGGUGCAAUCUGCUGGAAAUGUACCCUUGCUUUGGAAGAAUUCCAGCGGUUUUGUGAUCGUUGUAGGAAGAACGAUUGGAUUAUAAAGCAGAAACGCACUGAAAUGAACCGGGCUAUUACGAAGAGUGAACAACCCGAGAAUAACGGCAACCAAAUGGAUGACCGGCGCUUUGGGUACAUGUACCCGUUGAUGCAGCCGGGCUUGGGUUAUGAAUUUCGCCUGCCGAAUGAUCCCCGAGAUCGAGCCGCUUUAGAACACCCACGAUCACUAGUACGAGUGAAUCAUGAAGGGCCGGUUCCAGCUAUCGGCACUUCGAACCACAUAGCCAAGACAGAAUCGAGGAUAGACAUUGACACGGAGUUUAAACAUGUACUCCCGGUAGAACGACUUCCUGAAGAACUUGUUAACAUGUUAGAUCUACCAGCAUCAUCCUCCAAAAAGGGAAUAAUCAACGUGGCUGCUAAUGGGGUUGGGACGGCGGUCGGCACCACCCCAAAAGUUCGCACCAGUCAGUACCAGAAAGUAGUGGAGUCCGGCGGGGUGCAGUGUCCCAUCUGCAAAAAGCCUUAUACAACAGAUAAAAAUCUUAAAAAGCAUCUCCGUCUACACACGCUUACCCUGCCAUUCACGUGCAACGAUUGCGGAGCGAAAUUCUCCGAGCGUAGGGACUUCCAGAAGCAUCAUGAACGAUACCACGGACCUAACGCAACCGCGUCGGUGUCGGAUAUUUUCCACUGCGAGUUUUGUUCCCGGGUGUUCACCCGGCAACGAGAUAUGACAAAGCAUGUGCGCUUGUUUCACGAACCUCCCGAAGAUUUAAAAACGCAGACAGGUGCGUCACCUAUGUAGGAUGGAUCCGACUGCGGCUUUUCCACCUUUCAUCACUCAUUUGAAUGCGCCAGGAAGAAAAUCUUGCAAAUUUUGGAAGUAAAUAAAUUUCGGUGGGGUUGUAGAUCGACCUCAUCGGUGCUUCGAGCUGAUCGUUGAGCUACCCAACAAGAUUGGCGCUGCGAUAACUUCACGACUUAGAUCUGCUGAAUUUGGAUGUCAUCCAAGGUUCAAAAUUUAAACAAUAGAGUUUGUCUCAAGCAUUUAUAUUAAGUAAGUCUUCAAAACUUAUUUUGCGUUUUAUAGUAUGUUGAAAAUUGUAUAACAUGUUUUAUAUAGAUUAAUUAAAAUUUUAAAUCGUGAAA